AUCCCCGCUCUGGAUCCCUUGGAAGGCGUGGGGCGAAACUUUGAGGCACUAGAACAAAAUGACACCAGUCAAAAUUCAUCUCAGGAGUUUGUUCCGAUGAUUCAACGAAUACCACCGGAGAUCUUGGUUGAGAUUGCGGACUUGGCUGUAAACGAUGGG